CACCACUUCCCCGAUUCAAUACAUCGAACCUUACCCACUUAGUACGUUCUUACAUUUCCAUAUCUUGCCAUCCCAACUUUCUCGCCCUUUUCGGCUAUUUUUUCUUUUGGAACUUUUCUUUUCCCUCGAGUCUCUCCAUUUCCCAUCUUCCUUUUCUUCGAUCUAGUCAUCUUCCUUGAGCUUAUCUGGAAUGAUGACUACCUAUGAGGACUAUGGAUCAGAGGAAAAUGAAGGUGGUAUCUUGAGAGAUACUCUCCCUUCCCCCUUUACUCCUGAUGACUACAUAUUACCGGGACAAAAACUUCAAAGACUUCCUGUGAUUUCAAGUGUAAUCUCACCUUCAAGCCCUCGAGCAAUCAUUCCGGAACUUCAAGUCAUUGCCUCUGAAAUCCAAGUACUCGACGGACAAAUUCAUCUCGGCCCCAAGACCUCAAAGGAACUCUCCGAGCGAAUCCUAUCCGAGGUACAUCAUUUCGAAGAAAUGAAGGAGAUUUUUGAUCAUCGAAAAGAAGAGGGCGUCAAAUUUCACAAACCAGCUCUGGCAUCAUUGGUUAUAGAGCAAGAUCUUCAAAAGGAUCUGGAGCCCGUUCCACCGAACCUGAGUUUUGUCCAAUCCAUCAUACCUAAAUAUAAUCAUCAAUCAGAAAUUCGAAAACUCAAAAAGACUAUCUCGCAAACGAAAACCGAAGAUGGUAUGAAUUUCGUAUAUGUCCAUGCAAAGGAUGAUCUUUAUCCUCGAAAGUUCCACGGGUCAGGUGGGCGCAUAAAGUUAAUACCCAUGUUUCAGUUCCCAGAAUGUGUCACCAAUUUUGAUGAGAUCACUUGGAAAGAGACAAGGAUGGUACUUUCUAAAGAUCUGUCACGGGAUAUUUUGAACCACUGUGUCCUGCAAAUUGAUCAUAACGAUUAUUUACUCAAUGACUGGAGGAAUUUUGCAGACCUACCCACAGAUGAUCAAAGUCUUGGAGUUACCGGAUUUGACUUGGUUAAAAAUCAUUUGCUUAAUGGAAGGUGGGUAUGGAUCACAAAGGAAAGUGAUGUCUGUCGAAGGAGCAUCAUGGUCGAACAGACGGCUCAUCUUUACGACGCUCGAAUGAUGUUCAUUUUUAGCAAACAUACCGAAGAAAUGCCUUAUCGACCCGAACCCCUCAAAAUUUUUACUACGUCCAGUGAUCGGAUCUGGGGUUGCUGGGAAAGAAUGAACUACGGAGGCGAUAUCCCGCUAUUGGGAGGAGUACUCAUCUGUUGGGUUUAUAGUGAAGGUUAUAAUGAAGGUGAAGGGGGACCGCUCGCAUGGAUAAAUCAUGCGGAUAAUAAUGACUUGGCCAAGUUUCUCCGUCCGGAGAAUCAUAGUCGUCACAAUCAUAGGGCAGUAAUCACACUCGGAAAGAGAUCAGAUCGUACUCCACCUGUCCCAAAAUUUCUCAGGCAAGAUUCUGGUUACUGCACCAUGGAACCGCUCGAUAUUCUCGGUGAAUUAGAUUCGGAGCUUUUGGUUCAGGUUCGACCCAACCCAAUUGAUGAAUCUAGUAAAAUCCGUUAUGUUUCCCAUCUGAAUCAUUUGCCUUGGUGUGAUGAGUACGGAACCCCAGGAUUUCACUGUGACUGCCCGGGCCCUUCUCGAGAGGAAGGUCAGGAGUUUAGGGAAGACGAGGAAGAGGAUGAAGAAGCAUUCUGCAGAAGACGCAGAAAGUUUCUGGAUUUACCUGAACCAAAUCCGAAACCCGGCUUCAAAAAACGUUUUUCCAAACCUUCAUUCUCAAAUAACGCUUUGAAAACAUGGAAGGGAAAACUUGCUAGACUUGGAAAGUCGAAGGAUGUGUCCCAUUGCACCUCAAGGCCAACAUCAAUACAUUGUGUAAAUUGAAAUUGGUUAUUAGAGAAGUGUUUAUUGAAUUUGUGGAAGGUUACAUUGAAUUCUUAGUCAAAGAAGAGUUGAGAAUCUUCAAGUUGUUGAUAUUAAUUUCUAAUUUUGUAAGUGAAGGAGUAGGAACCAUUUUGGGUUUAUUCCAGAGGGAUUGAGAUUCAUGCAUUCAGGACUGGGGAUAAUUGUAUAGCUGCAUGGUAUACUUCGUAGUAAUAAUAGUCAUGUAAGUUUCAUCACCUCGGUUAUUCAAGAUUCACAAGUUAACAAUGCAUUUUGAGCUAUGAGUGAUUUUUACAACUGAGACAUAUGCCACUAUUCGCACGGAAUUACGAAUGUGGUAAUGACUUCUACAAUUGAGACACAUGUCGCUAUUCGCAUAACAUAGAUGGAGUAAACAUCAAGUCAAGUUUGUAGGAAUUUACCCACUCCGGGGUGGGAAAGAGAAAGUACCUGCAUUUUUAGCCAUAGAUACCAAGGUUUACUCUAAUAUGAUCUACAUCACCAGUAGAUCAAACGGUCAAAACUUAGAUUCCUUUCUUGUUGUCCAUUUAACCUUGGCAUGCCAAUGUCGAUCUCCCCACCCUCUGUGAGUAGUGGAAGGUACUAGUAAGCAGCUAAAAAUGU